AUGCCUGUUCUCCACCAACCGGCUUGGAAUAUGCAAUCCAUUGCCUGUUUCUUGUACUAUAUUGUCAAACUAAUUCAUGUAUCAACAGCAUUGCCUCCGUCCCCUGCUGCCCGUCCUGCGCGAUGCGGUUCGCCCUUCGACUUGAGUGAGUCAGCAUGCGCUCACCAAGUCGCCGACUUGUCUCCUGCGCCCGCCAUGCGCGUUCCCAUUGAUGGCGUCGACCCCAACCCUGGACAUCCUCCGACUGCAGGUGAAUCUGGAUCCAGCGAUCGUCCCGCAGCCCAGGACGAUGCUCUGCCGCCAGAACCCAAGGUGUCCUUCGAGGAGUUUGCGAUCCAGUACCGCCGACGCCAGCAUGCGGAGGCUCAGAGAAGGAGUUUGGAACACCGUCUUGUGGCCACCAAGGUGUCGAUCUGUCUGUCGGCGAGGUUGUUGAGGGUUGCCGCUGCCGUCCAGAAGGGCUUGGUGGAGGCCUUCAAACAUGGGGACAAGCCCGGUUUCGUGACCAUCUACAGCACCAUCCAUGACCUCCAGGAAGCGUGUGAUUCUGCAUUCCGUCGCACUCUCCAUCGGCAGGACCCGUUGGAAGAACCUUCGCUUUCUCUGCAUUCGGAAAGGACUCGUUCCUCUGGUUUUAUGCAUCAACUCAGUCCCAAAGCACGCAGCGAUCUCCUUGAGAUUUUGAAUUUGGUUCGCACCGAUCCUCAGUUUCUGUUUGACCGCAUUAGUAGCCUCACCCCGUCCCAACUCGCGGCUCUGACCUCUUCAGUCAUCUCGGUGGACACGGGCGAUUCGGUCUUGUCCUUCACUGCCUCGCGAUCCAGGAAUCAGCCCCUGUUCUCCAAGCGCAAUAGUGCCCACACCAUUCCCUUCAAAGAUUAUGCUUUAGCUUUCGAGCGUACCGACCCUCUCUCUGUCUUGCUGUUCAACGUAUUCGCCGUGCCGUUAGGUUGGGACUCUGCCGAAGCCCACUUGCGUCUGGUCGUCUGGUCGUCGACGUGCGCCAAGCUCAUCUCCCAUGGAGACAGUAGACAUUAUCCCUUUGUCGGCCACGUUCUGUCCUAUUGGUCUCUCUGCAGCGACUGGAAAGCCAAACCCAAAUUGGAACUGUAUUUGAUGGACGUCCUGCAAAAAGGCGCAUUCCUUUUGGAGAACAUCGAGAGUCCCGUGGCUAGCAGUUUUGGUGUUGACCCGCCGGACCCGUUGAAAACAGAUGCCGCCGAGGAAUUCUUUGAUGCUGCAGUCCAGACCUUGUUCGACGUCCUGGAUGACGCCGAUGCCGGUCUCCCGUCGGCCACCCUGGAAUUCGGCAAUGCCAUUCUCACCAAGAUCGGGGCCCCGGAGAGCCAGGAUCGUUUCCUCGAGUAUAUCUUUGUUCAAUGGUUCUUUUCCAGGUUCCUUUACAACACUUUGACUUUCCCAGAGAAUCAAGGACUACUGCUUGAUUUCCACAUCGGAAAAGAUGCGAGAGAGAAGAUCCUCGGUCAGAUUGCUCUUCGGGCCCAAUCGCAGAUCUUCCGGGUCUUGCACUCAGCGCCUCAGUUCUCGACAGCCCAUCCAAAGGUCAGAAAGCAUGUGGAGAGCAUGCUUGCUAAAUUCACCCUGUUAGACCCUCCCGAGGUUCUGGACGCUGAUCUGGAUGUCUCCCGGCAAUUUGAUUCCAACCCGUCGUCACGCUUCGUGAUGCUGUCUGCCAUGGAUAUCAUCACCCUCUUGAACGCGCUUUUCCCACGGCCCAAUUUCAAUUCAUCUGAUUCCGCCUUGAAUCCAGGCUCUCCCCCUCUGUCUCUGAAUACCCCAUUUAGCAGUGCCAGGUCUUCUCGCGUCUUUGAUCCGUCCCAUUGGUCCGGAAGCAUCGAUGCGGUCCUUGAGCAAUCGUCGCGUCCUGGUGCCAUGAACAGUGCUCUUUCCCAGAGUGCCAUGUACAGCCGGAAUGCAGAUGUCAUCCGUUUUGAGCUGUCGGAUAUAGGCGAGUCCGAAGACCGCCCCAGUUUGGAUCAUCCCUCUACAGAAGAUUGGGCCGUCCUGGCCAUCUCGGAGGACGGCAAGUCACUGGCCUGGAAUUCAUCCAAUGGAGGCCUUUCUGGUGGAAUAGCCGACGACCUGUCCGAUGAUGGUCUUCGUUCCGCUACCAUUCACCCGGAGGAGGAUUACGAGGCCUUGCAGACGGCCAUUGUCAAAUUGGUUAAUGAAUCUGAUCAUGUCAAGCAGUCCGUCUAUGGCCGUCCCACUCGUUCCGUGCGGACCCCCAGCCCUUCGCUGAAACAAAGGUUUGACCACGCUCGAUCGGUCUGUGAGAAUCGAUCAGACUUUCUUGGUGCUCACUACUGGUGGACUGCGACCCAACAACUGAGCCAGAGUCUCUCCAAGCUGGCUAAAAAGCCUCAGGACGACUCGUGGAUUCUCGGCCCGAUGUUCAAUUCCUGUAAUAGCUCACUUUCUCAGUGCGAUAGCGUGAUCAGGCAAUGUGAGAGCAGUUUUGUGACGCUCAACCCUGUCGUCGAACACCUGCAAGAGACCGUUCGAGGCACAAUGUCCGUUCUGAUCAAACUCCGGAACAAGAUGUGGUAUAUGACCGACGUCAAGAAUUCCAUGCGUUAUGAAGAUGCAAAGAACGUGGCGCUUGCCUUGAAGACCAUGGUGUAUCCAAGCCUGCAGCGGCAGCCCUCCAAUGAAUAUCGGGGCCGCAAUGGAAGUCGAUAUCUGGCCAGCUCUUUUCUUCAAAAGCCCGAAAUGCAAGUUAUGAACGUGAUGAAGGCACCCAGUAGCCAGGGCGGGCCCAACAAGCUUUCCGACGAGCAGGUGGAACUCACCCGGAAAUGGCUCACCCAUCAUGGAAUCGACAAUUUCUGCCGCGGUGAGGAACGGAUCCAUCGCUUCUGCUACGAAGUCAAAUCGAGUGUCAACAAGUUAGUGGGAGACACCAUGGCCGAGACGCCUGUUCUGUGGGCCAGUGAACUGUUCCAGAAAGAACGAGCCAAGUACGAGGGUCCGAGCAACAAGGGCUUCCCUGGAAUCUCUCCGGUGCCUAGUAUUCGUCCUUCCAGUAUUGCGAGCGAAGAUUCCCUUUAUACGCCGUCGCCAUUCCCUGGUUUCAACUUCCGUGGCUCGGAAUCAUUCCUCCGGCCUCAGGCGGAGGUUCCGCCGUUGAUGCGGAAAUCGUCCUUCCAAAGUCUCUCCUCGGAUAAGUGGAAAGCACCGAGAGGCUUUGAGGGCGGUGAUAGUAUUUCUUCCCUGGGAGAUUCGCCGGGGAGGGCUGCAUCUAGCACGACGGCUGAUUCCUACAGUACUUUCUGGUCGCCACCCCAGACUCAAGCCCAUUCGGCGGCCAGCGCAUCCAGCUUCCAGUCCCGCCCGCCUUCGAUGUUCAGCGAAGCUCCUCCGGCGCCACGCCGCGCGGAGCGCGAUGUGCAUGGCAAGACGGCCUUCCUGGAUGAUCUGAGACAGACUCUGACGAGUCUUCUUCUCAGUGACCUGGGAUGUCCCGUCUGGAGCUGCGGCAGCGAGACUGAUGCAUGGUUCACCAACUUCUUGAACCAGAAACGGGUCCAAGCCCAAAUGGACAAGCGCGCGAAGAUUCAAAAGUUCUUGGCCGAAUGUGAGUCCAGGCCCGCCCGUCGCGCUGGCAGGCCAGCAUCUGGACGGUGGCAUCUGCGUCAUCGGAGAAGUCAGUCGGCCGAUCCUGUCCUGUACCGCCCACGGGAAGCCGACCAGUCGAGCACUCAAUCCGAAAACGCGGGCAGUGAAGAAAAGAAGCCACCGCAGCCGACUUUCCCCUACGAGACCGCCUUCCGUCAGCUGAUGGAGGUUUUCUCACGUCACGCGAAUCCUUUUGUCAAGCUCAAGGCGCUCCGCGAUCUCAGAGCGCUGGUUAUUGCAUCGUUGAAUGCGUCCAAUGAAUACCCAUCGACUCCCGACCGGAAAGUCACGGCUCAGACGUUGAGCACUGUAGAGAUGGACAGAAACAAGCGCGCGCGCCACAGUUUCUCAGAACCGUUCCGCGACGACGAGUCUCUGCAGACGCCCACGUCCCCGGUGCCGGAGUCGGUUGAGUUUGGGUCCCGGCCAUCGUACGAUCUGAGCGCGGCCGAAAGUCAAGUGAUCAAAACGAUGAAGGACCUGAUUCGGAAAAUCCAACCCAAGACGCUGUUCCGCGACCUGCAGUUUGUCUCGGCUUUUGUUCCCAGUGAAACUCUCAACAAGACCGAGAGCGGAACGGCAUUCCUCCACUUUGGGCUGGCCGCCUUGUCCCUCAAGGACGAGGUUUGCAACAGCAUGGUAGAGAUUGCCGAUCGGAUUGUGUCUCAGGAGCUGAGCCGUCGCCAUUCGCCGGCGCAGGCGCAUGAGAGCAACCCGCGGCCUCGAAACGCGAUUGAAGAUGCGGCGGGGAUGUGGAUCAUCACCGCCAAGGAGGGCAACCCGGUUGCCCAGCGGGAGCUUGCCAUUCUCUAUCUAACCCAUCCAGAGAUCCUCCCUCGGGUGACGCUGCCGCUGACGUUGCCUCGAGACACCUUCAAGGCGGAGAUGAUGUAUCGUCGGGACAAGGACUCCAAGUCCGACCCACAAAGCAUGUGUUUGGCCCUGCACUGGAUGCAGCUGUCGGCCAACGGGGGGGAUGAACUGGCGAGGAAUCGGCUACGGGAGCGAGAGGAGUUUGAAUCGCUUGCUUAG